CUCUAUGAAAUAUGUCUUCAUUGCCAUGAAUCAAACCACUCGUAUCCACUACCAAUCGCAUAUUUUGUGAAGAAUCAAUCAAUCGGGUUUUGCGACGCCGAAGACUUGAAGACCUCAUUAACUAUAUAGUCAAGUAUGGGAAAGAAUUACAGAACAUGUUCGAAAACAUAUCGAACACCUCGUAGACCCUUUGAAAAGGAAAGAUUGGAUGCCGAGUUAAAGCUCGUUGGAGAAUAUGGUUUAAGAAAUAAGCGAGAAUUAUGGCGUGUAGAAUUUGCAUUGUCCAAAAUUCGUGCAGCUGCCAGAGACCUACUUACGCUGGAAGAAAAGGAUCCACGUCGAAUAUUUGAAGGAAAUGCCCUUUUGCGUCGUUUAACACGCUUUGGUUUGCUUGAUGAAACACGUCAGUCUCUCGAUCACGUAUUAUCUCUUAAAGUUCAAGAUCUAUUGGAAAGAAGGUUGCAGACUCAAGUUCUGAAGUUAGGUCUGGCCAAGUCCAUUCAUCACGCUCGAGUGUUGAUUCGUCAAAGACACAUAAGAGUUGGUAAGCAGUUGGUCAAUGUUCCUUCUUUUAUGGUUCGUGUGGAUUCACAAAAACAUAUUGACUUUUCUUUGGAUUCACCAUUUGGUGGUGGUCGUCCUGGUAGAGUAAAGAGACGCAAGUUGAGAGAAGCAUCCAAAAAGGAAGCUGGAGGUGAAGAAGAAGAAGAAGAUUAAUAAAACCCAAAUCAAUCGAUUA